AUGUCCAACGGUAUCGGGAACGGCCUCAUCAUGGACCCGUCGGGCACCAUCAAUCCCCAGGCUCUGAAUCCUGCAGAUGUGCUCGGAGGAGCCCAGCAGGCCGUCGCACAACAACCGACUCGGGGCAUCAAACGCAGCCGCACACCAGAGGACAGCUAUGCUGAUCUGCAAACCGGUGAGAAUGGAGAUGAUGAUAGCGCACGCAGGAAACGCGGUCGACCCGCGAAGCCUGGGAAAGUCGUCUUUGCUGAAAAUGAUAACCGUGGAUCGCAUCCUCCACAGACCCCUUCAUACAAUGCCGCACCACCAGUACAAACACCUCAGCUACGAGCUACACCACUCCCGCAAGCAUCUCCACCACAGGCAUCUCCUCCAGCUAAAUCGACACCCACCAAGGCUACUGUGAUCAAGGCGCUCCCCACGGUCAGGGACCAUACCACCGACCAGUUGAACCCUGAGGGAGACGAGUAUCUUCCUCGCGAGAAAGACGAAGCUGGCGAAAACAAGGUUACCCCGACAGGGCACCCGCUCGACGGCAGGGAAUAUCGGUGCCGCACCUUCUUCGUCCCCAACAGAGGGAACAAGCUGUUUAUGCUCGCAACCGAGUGCGCACGUAUUCUAGGAUACCGAGACUCAUACCUUCUAUUCAACAAGAACAGGUCGUUGUAUAAGAUUAUUGCGACGCAAGCCGAGAAAGACGACUUGAUUCAUCAGGAGAUUCUUCCAUAUUCAUACCGGUCACGCCAAAUCGCCAUCGUAACAGCGCGUUCCAUGUUCCGACAGUUUGGGAGCAGACUUAUUGUGAACGGACGACGAGUACGCGACGACUAUUGGGAGAGCAAGGCUAAGAAACAGGGCUUUACCGAGGAAGACGCCGCAGGAGAAAAGAGACCCGGCGCUGCGCGAGCUCGGGAAGCAGCUGCGGCUGAAGCGAGUCACGCCGGUGGACAUCUUGCAUUCGCCCACUCCGGACCAUACACAGGCAAACUGGACCAGGAUUACCUAGGAGCCACUGUGAACCCCAUGCAUCCAUUCGGGGGACUGACACCUGCGCCCGGCACGAUGCCAACAGCCAAUCCCGAGCCUUUUGACCAACGGACGACCACGGACUUGCAGCCGCGAAACUAUGCUGGCGUCCAGCGUCCGCGGCACGAGCUCUCCGGAGUACCGUAUCAGGACGUGACGCGGCCUAGCCCUUCAGGGGAGAUUCUCAAUGCAGCCGGUCAGACUGCCGAAUACAACAAGCAGCUUGAACUACAGAGAAAGAACCGGAAGUCAUAUCUCGACGACCUUUGGCAAAGACCACAUGAGCCUCCGCCAUCUACUGAGCGUCCGGGCACUGCGGAUGCUAGCAACAUGCCUCAACCGACGCAGGCGACACAAUCGCCUCACAUUACUUCCGCGAAUACUGCCGUCGGGGCCGGUCAGUAUGGUCUCGCUGCUCAAACUCCACAGAGACCUGGUCAAGCCGCGGCUGCUCAAGGAUACCGACCGCAGCCGCAUCCACAGUCCAUGAUGCCUUCGCCUAUGGCACAGCAACAGACGCCUAUGAGGCCUGAUCAGAUGCAUCGGCGUCCUCCAAGCAUGAACCUGCCCCAAGGGAUGAACCCCGCAGCGAUGGCACAGGCUGGCAUGAUGCCCAAUGUCGGACAGAACCCCGGCUAUCCACCACAGCAUAUGUGGCAACAGGCACCACCGCAACCAUCACCGCUCUCGCAGCAGCACAACAUGCAGGCAUAUGGCCGACCACCGCAACAGAGCCCUCAUCCUCAGCAGUCGCCUAUGCACGCAUCGCCGCAACUCCAUCACACUCAGAGCAGUGGUUCGAUGCACGGCACGCCUGUGCAGCAGUAUCAAACCAUGAACGCUAUGGGAGACCAGGGGUUCUCAGCCAUGGGUCAGAAUCCUUACCAACCGAGCCCGAGCCCCCACCAGUUCAUGCAGCACCAAAGCUCUGCUGCACAGCAGCCGGGCAUGCCAGGUUGGGCGCCGAAUCAGCAGCCUCAGCAGGGUUGGCCAACAUACUAG